UUCUUCAGCUUCAUUUUGUUCAAACCGCUCAAACGCGUGGCAUCGAAUGGUGUUCAUAGAUCACUCUCAUUUUCUACCUAGAUUUAACUAACAAUACUUGAUUUCAAACAUUUUAACACAAUUAUGGCGAUUCCGUUUUCUUUGGGCUCGUUGCCAGCGAAUUUGAAAGAAAUGGAACAGUAUCUGGAUAUUGCUUCCGACUAUGAAUCGAUAGACUGUGCUGUUAGCUACUGGUGUCGAUUGUACGCUCUUCAACAAGGUUUUAUCCUUCAAAAAGGAAAAGAAGACCUAGAUUAUUUGCUUGAUCUCAUGGAGUGGCUUGGGUUGAAAAAAGAAGAGCUGAAAUCCCUGAAGACUGUCUCUGAUUUGCUUGAGGCCCGAAUUCAUUUGGAAAAUGUGGUUCUUAAGUUCAUAAACUGGGCGGAGACAGCGUUUAAUUUAUUCCCAUUCAACCAAUAUAAAAAGAUUGUUCUUGGGGCCUUCUCCUCUGCCAGGACAUUGUUGGACGUGUGCUCUGUGUUUGGGGAGCUAAGUGAAGAAAUGUCUUCAAAAAAAAAGUAUGUCGAUCUCCAUUUGGCUAGCAUGAAAACCGGCCAAUAUCUCUUCAGCUUAGAGGUAACAGCAGGACAAACAACUUCGGUUGUACAGGAUCUGAGCUCCCAAAAGCAAUGGAGUCCAGAGGGGAAAAAGAUAUACGACCGAGUUUUUCUUUUGGAAUUGCGAAACAACCCGACAUCCCAAAUAUUACCUGAAAAAUUGAUCAACGAAGAAAUCACCCGUGGGUCUCCGCUAAAGGAGGACGUUUCCAAUAAUUCACCAGAACGCUUGAUUGUUCCUAAAAUUUCGCAGCCAAAGAAAUUUUCAAAUAAAGAACCUUUGAAGUCGAAUAGGAUUGUGCGUAAACGAUCUGAAGAAAACUUACGCAAACCCGAAAACCGUUUUAAGUUGAGGGAAAAGAAAGACAUGUAUAUUCCCGAUGGAGUCGGUAUAGAGGAGUACCUCAAGAACGUCGUUAAGAUUUUGAAUGAACUGACUCCUUUAACGUUUGGGAGAACAUUGCCAAAAUUCAAAGCUUUGAAUCUCAACACUGAAGAACGUUUGUUGCGAGUCUCUCAAUUGAUUUAUGAAAAGGCUCUUGAAGAACCCAAUCUCUCGUUGAUGUACGCCAAAACGUGCCAAUCUUUGUCGUUAAAGAAGGCAGAGUGCGAUUCGAAUUCAACUGAAACGCCGAACUUCCGAUCAAUGCUGAUGGAUCGUUGCCUGAGUGAGUUUGAUAAGACAAGCACCGGGCAGUACGACGUUGAGAAUAAAAAGAAAGAAAUUGAUUGCGCUGAAACGGAGGCAAAGAAGGCUGAAAUGGAGAUGGAACUAAUAGAAUUGCAGAAUAACCGAAGGAAAUAUGCUUUUGCAAACAUCAGGUUUAUGGGAGAAUUGUAUAAAAUCAAAGUGGUUCCUCUGAGAUUUGUACAUGAGUGUAUCGUCUGGUUGUUGAGCCAAGAUAAAGAUGAAGAAGCGCUCGAGUGCCUCUGCUUUCUUCUGAUUUCCAUCGGCAAAGAUUUAGAGGUUCCCAACAAGAAACCAAACCCGAACCCGAAAAACAGGGAAAUGAUGACUACUUACUUGAACAAUUUGAUGGUGAUCGGUAACAAGGCCGAAAUUUCCGACCGUAUCCGUUCCCUUAUUCGAGGUGUCAUUGAUCUACGCAAUAUCGGGUGGCUAUCUCACGAAAACAGCAACGUCGUUCAAGCCAAUGAGAUUCCCAAUAAGCGUGAGGGACACUCCAAUGGCCAUCAAUUACCCCAGGACAUUAGUGUCAGCAAUGGCAUUUGUCGUGAUGUUGUCGACGACAAAGGGGAAUCAGGUGACGUGAAUGAUUCCAUCGAGAGUGAAGGUUCAAAUUUGCUGGAGAAGGAGAAACUUAAGGCGUCUGAAGAUUCUCAGGUGGUGACAAUGGCCGGAAUUGGCGAGGAUUUGAGUUCCUUAAUCUUAGGAGCUUUAAACGAAGCUCCGGAGUUGAUUGUCGAAAAUGGUGUUGUUGCAAGUGAAACUUUCUUGAUCCGUCUAUAAGAUUGUUACUGAAGCAUGAAGAUUGAGAAUGAUGAAGAGAAAAGUUGUUUUUGUCUAGGGGCAGUAGACCGAGAUAGGCCGCUACAGCAUGUAAAUGUGCUCAUUUAAGUGAAGAGCUAUUUGAAUUGUUGGUUAAUCGCUCUCCCUUUCCAUUUAACCUAGCCUUUCCUACGUUUUCUGUUUUUACUUUUUAUGUGCUUGAAGCAGUAACAUGGAUUCAGCGAAAUAAAACCUUUUUUUGGAUUUCGAAA